GCCAGGCUCCAUGUCAAAUCCACCUUGGAGCACAGACCCAGGGACCACGCAGGAGUUGGUGGGCUUGCUAGACGGUUCUUCACUCAGUGGCCAUGGGUGGCAACAGUAGCCAGGGUGGCAUUCAUACCUAUAGAUCCCUAUGUGAGGCUGGCCCCUCUGACUCCAUGAAGCCACCUAAAAGGCCCACGGGCAGACUGGUCAUGCACAGCAUGGCCAUGUUUGGCCGGGAGUUUUGCUACGCAGUGGAAGCAGCUUAUGUGACCCCGGUCCUGCUCAGCGUGGGCCUGCCCAAGAGUCUGUAUAGCAUGGUGUGGCUUCUCAGCCCCAUCUUGGGGUUCCUGCUGCAGCCCGUGGUCGGGUCGGUCAGUGACCACUGCCAGUCCAGGUGGGGCCGGCGGAGACCCUACAUCUUCACCUUGGCUGUCAUGAUGCUCUUGGGCAUGGCUCUGUACCUCAACGGGGAUGCCGUUGUAUCAGCUUUGAUUGCUGACCCAAGGAGGAAGGUGAUUUGGGCCAUAAGUAUCACCAUGAUGGGUGUGGUUCUCUUUGAUUUUGCUGCUGACUUCAUCGAUGGGCCCAUCAAAGCCUACUUAUUUGAUGUGUGUUCCCACCAGGACAAGGAAAGGGGCCUUCACUACCAUGCCCUCUUCACAGGUUUUGGAGGUGCGCUGGGCUACCUUCUGGGUGCCAUCGACUGGGCCCACCUGGAACUGGGAAGAGUGCUGGGCACAGAAUUUCAGGUCAUGUUCUUCUUCUCAGCCUUGGUGCUCACGUUGUGUGUUGUUAUUCACUUGUGCAGUAUCCCUGAAGCCCCACUCAGAGAUGUGGCAGAGGAUGUUCUCCCACAGCAAAGCCCCCAGGACCCUCUGCUGCCAUCAGUCAAAAUGCAUGAGCAUGGUUCUAUCGAGAAAGUGACAAACGGUUAUAUAAACCCAGAGCUGGCAGUUCAGGGGGAAAAAUCCCAAAAUCUUGCUGAACAGAGGCAGAGGGAAAUGACCAUGAAGUCACUGCUGAGGGCAUUGGUGAGCAUGCCUCCCCACUACCGCUGCCUUUGCAUCAGCCACUUCAUUGGAUGGACAGCCUUUCUGUCCAACAUGCUCUUCUUCACAGAUUUCAUGGGACAGAUUGUGUACCGUGGGAAUCCCUAUGGUGCACACAACUCCACAGAGUUUCUCAUCUACGAAAGAGGGGUCGAGGCUGGAUGUUGGGGCUUGUGCAUCAACUCCAUGUUUUCCUCAGUUUAUUCUUACUUCCAGAAAGUGUUGGUCUCCUACGUGGGAUUAAAAGGUCUUUACUUCAUGGGGUAUCUGCUAUUUGGCCUGGGGACAGGACUCAUCGGGCUCUUCCCAAAUGUCUACUCCACGCUGGUCCUGUGCACCAUGUUUGGCAUCAUGUCUAGCACCCUGUACACUGUGCCUUUUAACCUCAUUGCCGAGUACCACCGUGAGGAGGAGGAGGAGGACAAGGAGGAAGAGAGGCGGCAGACCUCGAGCAGGCACCCAGACAGCAGCGGGAGAGGCAAGGGCGCGGACUGUGCUGCCCUCACCAGCAUGGUGCAGCUGGCUCAGAUCCUGGUCGGAAGUGGCCUGGGCUUUCUGGUCAACGCGGCUGGAAGCGUCGUUGUCGUGGUGAUCACCUCCUCUGCGGUGGCACUGAUCGGCUGUUGCUUUGUGGCUCUCUUUGUGAGAUAUGUGGAUUGA